CUUGAUUCCUCUCACACCCCAUGAGGCACUGGUCAAGCUGCUCUCUACCUACGUCUCAAGACAUGAGGUUGAAGAACGCACGGGCCAACUGCUGUCAAGAUGGACAUGUAUGGAGAUUGACUCCACAACGACGACAGCCAAGACCCUGUCGCAAACUGUUAACGGCUGAUUAGCGUGAUACCCCGCAUGCAACGCACUUCCAACCCCACCAUCAGCAACCAAGCUCUCAGCCGCAUCCCGCCUUGCGCAUUCGCAACCUCUCCCUAUUCAGAAUACUGGAGCCUGGAGCCUUGUUCAUUGAUAUCAGACCUCACCCAGUUCUCGCCUACUCCAAGAUCUCCUGUUUCCUACCCUUCCCGUGGACACUGAGCCAGUCCAGGUACCGAAAUGCCUCCUCCAACAUCCCCGGUCCUUGUGACCAAAAUCAAAGUCCAGCUCAAACUAGCCAUAGCCCGCCUUCGUAUGGUUCAAAAGCGUGACGAGGCCCUUGCAAAGACCCAGCGUAGAGCCAUGGCCCAGCUCCUCGAGCAGAACAAGGUUGAUUCGGCCCGAAUCCGCGUCGAGAACAUCAUCAGAUCCGACAUCAUCACCGAGCUCCACGAAAUCCUAGAACUCUACUGCGAGCUUCUACUAGCCCGCGCUGGCUUGCUAGAGGCAUCACCAACAUGCGAUCCCGGCCUUGAAGAGGCUGUCAAGUCCAUCAUCUACGCCGCUCCCAAGACAGAAAUAAAAGAGCUCCAAACAGUGAGGACGUUAUUGGCCGAGAAGUUUGGGAAAGAAUUUGUGCUACAGGCUACAGAAAACAGCGACGGGAAAGUAAGCGAAGGGGUGGUCAAGAAGCUGAGCGUCACACCACCAAAAGAGGAGCUGGUGCAGGGCUACCUUGAGGAGAUUGCGCGGGCAUACGGCGUUGACUGGCCAAAAGGGAAGAAUAAGGAGCUGGGGGAUCCUCCUGACUUUAUGGAUGAUGAUGAUGAUGAGAACCCAAGUGGGGGCCAGGCACAAAGAGUGUUGGAGGAACCGCUGGUUGGUGUGGAUGAGGAAGCUGCUGCUGAGCUCAUGGCACAGGAAGACCUGAGCAAAGCUACACCCCCAAGAUCUUUUGGGCCGGCUAUCCCGCUUCAUGUCAAUCCUCCUAGUGCUUCCACUGAUAACAUCCACCCCAAAGUCACUCUCAACAGACAGGAGUUGACAACACCAACCAAGAAGCCGGCUGCUGUGACAAGAAAGCCUUCGGAGCAGAAAGGGGAUGGGGUUCCAGAUCUGGAUGAGCUUGCAAAGAGGUUUGCACAGCUGAAGAGGUGAUUUCUAGCCCCCUUUUCAUGUGUAUACUACUUCCUUGGGCUCGGGAGCUUGGCGGGUUGGUUUUGGGAUAUCUGUUGCUCAUUCCUAUCAUGCAAUUUUAUUUCUUUGACAGAGAACAACACCCUUCAGGUGGAAUAAUUACCUAUGGAGCAUCCAGGUGCUGUGAUAAUUGCGUUAGAUGUGACCUUGAGCUGCUCCUUCCGUUUGUAACGGGAUGCACACAACAGUAACCCUUCGCUCCUGCCUUAUUUUCUGGGAAAUUCAACACAAAACACGUCACAGGAACGGGACUUGUCAAAUGCUUCCAUCUGCACCACUGAUGGUUUCCUUCAAAUCAACAUCUUCCACCCA